AUGAGUGAAUUUUUUUAAAAAAUUACCAAUUUUUGUAGAGGUAAGGAAACAAAAGAAAAUGAUUCAGACAAUGAAGAUCAGGAAAUAUAAAAACAACCACAAAUUUAAAUUGGCGAUAAAUUCAUUUAAUCAAAUAAUUCUCCAUCCAAUUCUGAAAAUUUAUAAAGUACAAAUUCGGAUGUUUAAGAGAAUUAAAAUAUGAAAAAUCCUCAAUCUUAAAGGUAAUUGAAUCACCUUGUAUAUAUAGCCCUAAAAUUAAAAAUUAAUAGAAUUAGCUUUUUAACUAAAAUCAAAGUGAGAAUUAGAAUUUGGAAAGUGUGUUCUAUUCUGUAUAAGUCCAAUAGAAACCUCAAAAUUUUAAACCCAACUCACAAUCAAAUAUUUUCAAGAGUCAAAGCUUUUUGGAUUAAAAAAAUCAAAAUUUAAAUUAUAGGGAAAGUCAAAUAAAUAAUUAAUAUCCUUAAAAUAGAAUUUAAUAAAGUACUAUUAUAUUAUCUCCUAACAAAUGUAUCUAAUAAAUCUAAAUUAAUAAAUCACUUGAUUUUUAAUAAUCUUACAUAUCAAAUUAGCCAUUUAAUAAUAAAUCCAUUAAUAAUUCAUAGCCUUUUUAUCAAGAAACUUCUAAUAAAUAGCACUGGAAUUACAACAUUAUAGAUGAAGAAAAUAAUAAUAAAAUUUAUAAUUCUUAAUAAUUUUAUUAACAUAAUUACUAACCUAAUGAUAAUAUUUAAAAUAAUUUUUAUGAAACGAGUCAAUUAAAAAAAAGUAAUAAAACUUUCGAUUCAUUUAAUUCUUCAUAAGUUUUAACUGAAUAUUAGAGUUGUUAAGAUGAUUUAUAAUCAAAAGCACAUACUAAAUAAGUUAAAUGUGAAUAUUGUAAAAAUGACAUAAAUAUAUAAUAUUUUUUAUUAAAAUGUUAGCAUUUUUAUUGCUAAGAUUGUUUGAAAGAAUUGUUAAAAAAUUAAUCAAAAGUAUGUUAUGUUUAUCGAUGUAAUUGUAAAAAAGAAAUCAAAUUAUAAUUAUUAUUUGAAAAGAAAGAUAAAUAAGUUGAAACUUUAAAAGAGAAAAUGCUAAUAAAUUAGAUAAAUGCACUUAGAGUUAAUUUAGAACAAAAAUAGUAAUAUUAAUUGAAAAAUUGUCGUAAUAAACAUUGUUCAUUUUUUACAAUAAUUCAAAAAGAUUUAGAUUAAAAAUAUUUUUAUUGUCCAUAAUGUUUAGAUAAAUAAAGUGAUAAUUCUUUAAAUAAAUGA